AUGGGCGAGUUGACCGGCAAGCCGAGCACGUCAAAGGUGUGUCCCACAUGGCCAAUGGAUACCAGAUGCAAUUUUCAUAAUAUGUCCACAGUUAAGCAAGCAUGCUUUAUAUACGAAAGGGAUGGUAGCUCAUCUCGAGGAAGCUGGUGAAUUUGAUCCGGAAGUGGUAGAAAUUUGGUCCCAGGUAAUGAGAUCUUUCUUCCAAAAAGGUUCCUCAUUCCCGACAGCCGAAAUCUAAAACGAGUGAUCGUAGGUCGAACGCAAGAACUAUCCUCAGAGAUAUACGAACCCACGACCGUUCGCUAGCGGCGGUUGGCAUGUAGAGUGAGUAACCUCGUUUGCGCCUCAGGAACCUUCCAAUUUAACACACUCAGUCUUGGGUAUGAGAAAAUACCUGGGGACUAUUCAUCCCUCUAUUUAACUAAAGCUCCAAAAGAUGGAGACAAGUAUGACUGUGGAGGCGACACUCUCUGGGUCUCUGGAUAUGAACUCUACGACCAACUAUCGCCUCCUAUGAAGAAGAUGGUUGAUGGUUUGGACGCGGUCCAUAGUCGGGUUAGUCCUCGCUCCUGGGGCUAUGAACCGACGCUAACCCUUUCUCAUAGACCGUGAAGUUUCAGAAGCUAGCACAGGAACUUGGCUUCGAAUUGAAUACAGACCGCGGGGCACCCGAGAACAGGGGUAUCGACCUCGAGAGUUCUCAGUAAGUAGACCUCCGACUUUUAUUUCCCCAUACGAUAGCUGAUAUUUGAAUAGCCCUCUAGUUCGUACAAAUCCAGUCACGGGAUGGAAAUCACUCUACGGUGCCUCAGCUUCGCGUCCGGAAGAAUGGAUUGAAGGCGUAACCAAGGCUGAAUGUGAAAUGUUGAGGGACUAUUGUGAGGCCAUUUUCCUUUCACGUCUAUCCUGAGCGAGAUAGCUAACCAACACAUAACAGUCCACCAGCUUAAAGUGGAAAAUUACGAUCUUCAGGCUCGUUUCAAAUGGAAUGAAAAUGACCUAGCGGUCUGGGAUAAGUAAGCCACUCCAUUGACGAGGAGGAACCUGGAGCAAAAUCUAACUUUGAAUACUAGUCGGGCCACUCUCCACACAGCUACGUUGUAA